UGAUUUAUUUUUUUCCUUUUACAGUGGUAACUGUUAAUGAUUACCUAGCUCAACGAGAUGCUGAGUGGAUGGGUCGUGUUCAUCGUUUCCUAGGUCUUUCCGUGGGUCUUAUCCAAAGGGGGAUGAAAGCUGAAGAAAGGAGAUUUAACUACAAAUGCGAUAUUACUUACACCAAUAAUUCGGAACUAGGUUUUGAUUAUCUCCGAGAUAAUCUUUCUGGAAGCAGCGAACAACUUGUGAUGAGAUGGCCCAAGCCAUUUAAUUUUGCAAUAGUUGAUGAAGUUGAUUCAGUCCUCAUUGAUGAAGGGAGAAAUCCUCUAUUGAUAAGUGGCGAGGCAAGUAAAGAUGCUGCACGAUAUCCAGUUGCUGCAAAAGUUGCUGAGCUGCUUGUACGGGACCUUCAUUACACUGUGGAGCUCAAGGAUAAUUCAGUGGAGUUGACUGAAGAGGGGAUUGCACUGGCUGAGAUGGCUCUAGAAACACAUGAUCUGUGGGAUGAAAAUGAUCCUUGGGCUAGAUUUGUUAUGAAUGCUUUGAAGGCUAAAGAGUUCUAUCGGCGGGAUGUCCAAUAUAUUGUUAGAAAUGGGAAGGCUCUCAUUAUCAAUGAGUUGACAGGGAGAGUUGAAGAGAAAAGGAGAUGGUCUGAGGGGAUUCAUCAAGCUGUAGAGGCCAAAGAAGGUGUCAAAAUUGAGGCUGAUUCAGUUGUUGUGGCACAAAUCACAUAUCAAUCACUAUUUAAGCUCUAUCCGAAGCUGUCAGGGAUGACUGGGACUGCAAAAACUGAAGAGAAAGAGUUCUUGAAAAUGUUCCAGAUUCCAGUUAUUGAAGUGCCAACAAAUCUGCCAAAUAUUCGCAAGGAUUUACCUAUCCAAGCUUUUGCGACUGCACGAGGUAAAUGGGAACAUGUUCGUGAAGAAGUUGAGAGUAUGUUUAGACAAGGUCGUCCUGUUUUAGUUGGUACCACUAGCAGAUGGGAAAAUGCCUACUAAGCAGCUGUCUUUAUAGCUCUGUCCAUUUUACAAUCAGAUCAGAGGGACAAAAUUCAAAAGUUGGAAAGGAGAAAGGGCACAAACGUUUUGGUAUGAGUCACAGCUAAAGGAUCCGCUACCUAGUCGAUUUAGUUUCUAGCCUUUGUGGGGAAGUAAGAAAACUAAUGCUUUGUUGAAGUAAUAAUUGUUCAUUCCGCAUCUGGAAGUACGAUACCAUAAAUGGCUCUUUUAAGUUCAGAAAGAGGGUAGAAGGAUCUCCAAGCCCCCAUUUUGUGUCUCUGUUUCUUGGUUUCGUCAGGUCAACUUGUCUCUUUAUUUGUGGAUGCAUUAGCUGUCAUUAAUUGGAAGGGAUGUGUAUCAAUCCCGAAGGUUGCAUCAUCCUGACUAAGCAACACUUUUUCCAUGCAAUGAUUGUUAAUUUGUAUGACUUCUCUUAGACUAGUAUCAUGGUAUUUCUGAAUAGUUUGGACUAAGUUCUACAUAACUCAUGUUCUAAAACUGGUGCAUGCAAAUUAGUAUUAAGCAACUUUGUUCUUUCUGGGUUGGAGUUUGUAAUUUGUUGCCAUGCUAAUUUUGAUAAAUACGGAUAAAGGUUCUCCAACAAGUCAAGCAAUUACUUCAUACAAUCCUUCACCUCAACAAUUUGGACUAGCUCUCCCCUCUGUUACAAGUUGGUUAAUUUGU